AAGGGUUGUUGUUUAGAUAGAUAAUGAUAUGAUCUGAGAUAAGCAACAAUGAUCAGUCACAAAACAUAACUGGUGUAUUUGUGAACUCCCCGUCGAUUUCACUACUGACCAGUCCCGGCCACUACUGACCAGUCCCGGAUAAGAUAGCUGACAUAGUGCGAAAAAAACAGACAUGUUGCCAUUCGCUCUACUCUGUGUUGUGCUGACGGCAUGGGUGGAGGGUGUCCCCACGGGGUGUCAUACUGGAGCUGAGUGUGGGGACAGGCAGUGUUGUGUGGGCGUCAACACCGUCUCCAGUCGUCGUGGUGCUGCUGCUCCCGGUGUAUGUGUCGACAUGGGUGUUGAAAGUGGAAGGUGCCAUCUAGCAUCUGGCUACGCGUGGCACAAACCACAGGGAUUGGUCAAGUUGUGUCCUUGCAGAACGGGACUUAUUUGUGGACCGAUCAAUAGUUACGACGAGUUUGGUCAAAAAGGUAUCUGUUCCAUCGGCUAGACACAAGCGACAAGACGACGAUACACGUGUGACAUAGCACGUGUUGUCAUUUCUCCAGCAGUGCCAAUCUGUUGUAAGAUAUUGAAUCACGUGUCCUAAAUACUCUUGGAAGA